UUAAAGUUGACCAUAUUAGAGACUACACUAAAUGUCAAAAUGGAAUUAUAUGGUAUUUGUGAUUUUCCUCUCUGUGCCGGGGAAUAUGGAAAGCAGUUUCGAUGGGCUACGUUUCGGGGAGUCAUACACACCAUAUCAUUUUCCCUAUAUUCCCGAUAGCUAUCCCACACCUCCGGCUCCUGUCCCUCCACCAAAACAACGGCCGCCACCACCACCUCCACCUCCACCACCUCCACCACCUCCAACUACAACACGUCCACCACCUACAACACCCACAUCAACUACAACAACUACACCAAUUAGGUCACCUCCACCGACUCCACCCUCUGCUCCACCACCGCCUGGUCCAGCACCCCCUGGAGAAUGGUAUCCGCUCCCCAUAUAUGGGAACCCACCACAAUUUGGAGAUCCGCCUGGAACGCACUUGCCAUCCAAUUCGCAGACCAAUUCAGGAUACCUCCCUCCCCCAGCGAUCUGCAAUCCGCCCUAUGAGCCACUGAAUCAAAUUGGACAUCCACCAAUAUCACAGACGCCACCCAAUUCAGGAUUCGUUCCUCUCCCAGCGAUCUGGAAUCCGCCUUAUGAACCACCGAAUGAAGAUGGACAUCCUACUGAAACACAGACGCCUCCUAAUUCAGGAUUCGUCCCUGCCCCAUCGAUCUGGAAUCCGCCUUAUGAACCACCGAAUCAAGAUGGACAUCCACCUGAAUCACAGACGCCCUCCAAUUCAGGAUACGUCCCUCCCCCAGCAAUCUUGAAUCCGCCAUAUGGACCACCGAAUCAAGAUGGACAUCCACCUGAAUCACAGACACCCUCCAAUUCAGGAUUCGUCCCUCUCCCAGCGAUCUGCAAUGCACCGAAUCAAAUUGGACAUCCACCUGGAUCACAGAUGCCUCCUAAUUCAGGAAUAUACCCGCCAUCCACCGGCUGGAUUCCGCCAUCUGGGCCAAUAAAUAAAGGUGGACAUCCACCAGGAUCACUGUCGCCUCCUAAUUCUGGAUUCCCACCGGGAUCUAUUCCGCCUCUUGGAUCACCGAAUCAAAUUGGAUAUCCACCAGGAUCACAGAAGCCUCCUAAUUCCGGUAUAUAUCCCCCAUCAACGGACUGGACUUUGCCAUCUGGGCUACCAAAUCAAGGUGGAAGUCCACCAGGAUCAAUGGUGCCUCCAAUUUCUGCAUUGCCACCGGGCUCUAUUCCGCCUCUUCGACCACCAAUUCAAGGUGGACAUCCACCAGGAUCACAGAACCCUCCUAAUUCCGGUAUAUACCCCCCAUCCACGGGCUGGACUUUGCCAUCUGGGCUACCAAAUCAAGGUGAAAAUCCACCAGGCUUACAGGUGCCACCUAAGUUGGGAUUGCCACCAGGAUCUAUGCCGCCUCUUGGAUCACCGAAUCAAAUUGGAUAUCCACCAGGAUCACUGAAGCCUCCUAAUUCCGGUAUAUAUCCCCCAUCAACGGGCUGGACUUUGCCAUCUGGUCUACCAAAUCAAGGUGGAAAUCCACCAGGAUCAAUGGUGCCUCCAAUUUCUGUAUUGCCACCGGGCUCUAUUCCGCCUCUUCGACCACCAAUUCAAGGUGGACAUCCACCAGGAUCACAGAAGCCUCCUAAUUCCGGUAUAUACCCCCCAUCCACGGGCUGGACUUUGCCAUCUGGGCUACCAAAUCAAGGUGGAAAUCCACCAGGAUCAAUGGUGCCUCCAAUUUCUAUAUUGCCACCGGGCUCUAUUCCGCCUCUUCGACCACCAAUUCACGGUGGACAUCCACCAGGAUCACAGAAGCCUCCUAAUUCCGGUAUAUACCCCCCAUCCACGGGCUGGACUUUGCCAUCUGGGCUACCAAAUCAAGGUGGAAAUCCACCAGGAUCAAUGGUGCCUCCAAUUUCUGUAUUGCCACCGGGCUCUAUUCCGCCUCUUCGACCACCAAUUCAGGGUGGACAUCCACCAGGAUCACUGAAGCCUCCUAAUUCCGGUAUAUACCCCCCAUCCACGGGCUGGACUUUGCCAUCUGGGCUACCAAAUCAAGGUGAAAAUCCACCAGGCUCACAGGUGCCACCUAAGUUGGGAUUGCCACCAGGAUCUAUGCCGCCUCUUGGAUCACCGAAUCAAAUUGGAUAUCCACCAGGAUCACUGAAGCCUCCUAAUUCCGGUAUGUAUCCCCCAUCAACGGGCUGGACUUUGCCAUCUGGUCUACCAAAUCAAGGUGGAAAUCCACCAGGAUCAAUGGUGCCUCCAAUUUCUGUAUUGCCACCGGGCUCUAUUCCGCCUCUUCGACCACCAAUUCAAGGUGGACAUCCACCAGGAUCACAGAAGCCUCCUAAUUCCGGUAUAUACCCAUCAUCCACGGGCUGGAAUUUGCCAUCUGGGCUACCAAAUCAAGGUGGAAAUCAACCAGGAUCAAUGGUGCCUCCAAUUUCUGUAUUGCCACCGGGCUCUAUUCCGCCUCUUCGACCACCAAUUCAAGGUGGACAUCCACCAGGAUCACAGAAGCCUCCUAAUUCCGGUAUAUACCCCCCAUCCACGGGCUGGAAUUUGCCAUCUGGGCUACCAAAUCAAGGUGGAAAUCAACCAGGAUCAAUGGUGCCUCCAAUUUCUGUAUUGCCACCGGGCUCUAUUCCGCCUCUUCGACCACCAAUUCAAGGUGGACAUCCACCAGGAUCACAGAAGCCUCCUAAUUCAGGAAUAUACCCACCAUCACCGGGCGGGAUUUUGCCCUCUGGGCCACCAAAUCAAGGUGGAAAUCCACCAGGAUCACAGGUGCCUCCUGGUUCUGGAUUGCCACCGGGAUCUAUUCCGGCUCUUGGAUCACCGAAUCAAAUUGUCCGUCCAACAGGAUCACAGAUGCCUGCUAGUUCCAAUCUUCGUCCUCCACAACCUUCUGAGCCACAAAAACCUAUCAAUGUGCCCAACCAGCCAGAUAAAAAUCCACCUGGAGGAGGCAACUUUAAUGUAAAUGACAUAAGCAUCGACCGGGCCAAUUAAAAAUUGUGCAACAAAAUUGAAAAGAAUUACAUUUUACUUUUUCAAUUGAUAAACUAAUAAAAAAGCGAUGCUCGUAAA